UCACCGAGGCGUAGCGCGGCCGCAUUGGACGCUCUACUUUUUGUUGUUGUUGUUGUGGUGGUGUUUUUGUUGUUGUGUUUGUUAACUGAAACGGGGCCGGUGAUUCAGUCAUCAGCGCGGUGUUUAUUUGUGUUUUUUUUUUGCUGUACUAAGCGAAAAGAUGGCGUGUUUGAGCGGUUUGUGGCCACCGUGCUGCUGCUGAUUCUCUAUCGGGUGGAGGAAAUAGCAGAAGCCUGCAGCUGCUCUCCUGUGCAUCCUCAACAGGCGUUCUGUAAUGCCGACAUCGUAAUCAGAGCAAAGGUGGUAGGUGGAAAAGAGAUCACUGCUGGGAAUGAUAUUUAUGGCAACCCUAUUAAGAGGAUCCAGUACGACAUCAAGCAGAUUAAGAUGUUCAAAGGACCAGACCAGCACAUUGACAUGAUCUUUACUGCACCUUCUUCAGCUGUCUGUGGGGUAACCAUGGACACCAAUGGAAAGAAGGAGUACCUCAUUUCAGGAAAGGCAGAUGGCAGUGGGAAGAUGCAUGUGACUCUGUGUGAUCUCAUCAUGCCCUGGGAGUCCACAAGUGCCACCCAGAAGAAGAGUCUGAGCCAGCGUUACCAGAUGGGCUGCGAUUGCAAGAUCACCCGCUGUGCUGCCUUCCCCUGUGAGAUCAGCAGCCCCGAGGAGUGCCUGUGGACGGACUGGGUGACAGAGAAGCUCAUUCAUGGACGCCAGUCUGAACACUACUCCUGCAUCAAGAGAGGAGAUGGUUCGUGUGCUUGGUACCGUGGAAGUGCCCCACCAAAGAAGGAGUUUCUGGACAACGAAGACCCAUAAUAAAUUCAUGUACAUCUCUUUACAAUGCGAUUAGUCAAAACAAACGAAAACUCCACCACAACAAACUUUAGAAUAGAUUUACAGUUAAGUUAGAACAUAGGUCAGUGUAAGUGCUCAAAUAGCUUGUAUUCUGUGUCAUCAACAUUACAUGAUGGACAAUCCUUAUUUAUGAAUACUUUCUGCCCCUAAAAGCACUUAAUUGUUUUUGUGACCGAAAUGGCUUCUCGGUCUGCAAACUUUUGCAGACUUUAAGCUCAUUUCACAUUUUUCACUCUUUCAAAUGAUGUUUCCCAAAGCUAUGCUAAUUGGUCGAGUCAAAUACAUGGUGAGGCAGGACUUCCCAGAGAGUUAAAACUUUGACUGAGAUCAAAUGACGAUUAUUGAAAGAAGUGUGCAUGGGUUGAAAAUUAGAGACCAAAGUCAUUUCACAUUGAUUUGUGAAGAGGGGGAAGUGGGGCUGGGAGCUUAUACUUUGCUGCUGACCAAAUUUAAGAAUGGUAGUGCAUAGGGAUAAGUUGCAUCUUCUUUUCUGUAUUGUUUGUUUUUAGCCAAAAAUCAGAGCGUCCCUUUUAGGGAAAAUAAGAGAGUGAUAAGACAAUACCAUAUAAUCAUUUUGACACUGCUUAUAACAUUAUUAGUUUCUUUCUGAUUUGAUGUGUUGUGUAAAAGAAAUGUCAGCUUACCUAGUGUGUUCAUUUUUGUUAUUUACGUGUUUGAUAUUUACUCAUUUCGUUCUAUCUUCCUUUAAAACUCUCUUUUGCAACAUGUAAACCUUUGUCUUGUUUGUGCUAUUUUUAUAAUCUGCCUUUUUACAAAUAAUUUCUCUAAAAUUGCUCUUAAUCCUUAUUGAACUUUUUAUUGCACUUUGUAGAAAACGCUACAGAACUGAAUCCUGCUUUCGGGUUUUGUAAGUCUUCUCGCUGUCUUUAGAAUGCCAUUUAAUGCCUUUUAUGCUUUUUUUGCAAAUGACUUUGUGAUGUUCCUGCAGGACAUACGAUAGUAAGGUUUCAUUAAGAAAUGCUUGAUAGGAAUUUUCCAGCCUUGGAUUUAGCAUGUCAUCAGAGCCUCUGCAUAUUGUUUGUAAAUUGGUGUGCCACUAGAAUGUUUAAUCAAGUGGGGCUGUUUAAGAAUUUAGUUGCCAUGGAAAUGGGGACACCCCAGUUCUGCCCUUCAGUCAUCAGACCAAUUAGAUUAGCAUGCAGACACAUUAGAAUACAUACACGUUCUCCUGCAUUAGGAGAGAAAGGUGGUCUGUUCUCAGCGCUGCCAAUAAACAGUUUAUUGGCUGUCUUGAAAGGAAGGCGCAGUGAAUUAUGUUUUUGUAACAGUGCCCUGAUUGGGCACUGCUAAGUCAUGUGACAGAAAGAAAAAAGGUGUGAGGGUAGUAGUUGCUAUGGAUUUUGACAGGGUGAACCAUAGCACAAUGAGAGACAGACAGAAAGAGGGAGGGAGGGAGGGAACAGACCACUGUGAAAUAAAAGAGAGCAAUCAUUUCUUUUUUCAGUGGGUUGGGAUGAUUGAUGCUUAAUGCUAAUGCUACAUUGUGUAUUUGUUUAAGGUACUUAAGCUGUAUAAAAUGAACACAGUGAUGUCUGCCGAACACAAGCGAGCUUUCAAAGGAUACUCAAAUUGAUGCCUAAUCUAGUUCUAGCUACUGUUUGUUUAAAGGCUGACAGUGUUAAAGAAACCGUUGUUAGUGUUGUGGAGAAACUGUGCUUUAAAUGAAAAAAGCUUUAAGACAAAUCUUAUUUCAACCGGUUUUUAUAACUUGCCAUGAACAUGCUUGACCACAUAUAAAUACUUACAUAAAUCUAAUGUAAGAAUAUUGUUGGCAGUGAUUAAUAUUCAUCAUGCUAUAUCUACAUUGCAGCAUUGUAUUAGAUAUAAGGAAAUAUAAACAGCAUAAUUUAAAUGUUUGAUGUUGCUAUGUUUCUAUAUUUUACUGUCAUAACCUUUAUUUUAUGAUUUUUUUUUUUUUUUUUUUUUUGGACCAGCCUUUUGUCUUUUUCUUUAAAGAUUUGCUGAAAGUACAAUAAUGCAGAACCUCUUGUGUGUUAACCACAUGAGAGAGAAGUUGUUUGAUGAGAACCAGACUAUGCAUGUCUUUGAAGCUUUGUGUAUUUUCCUAUGUGGAUGUUCACUUGUUGGGCAAAUUUACAGUAUUAGCAAAAAAAAAUAAAACUCUUAAAGGACA